UUUAAAAACAAUCGAUCAUGUCCCUGCCAGUAUGGACAGUGGGGAAAGUUCUUCCCGUCUUCCACCGCAACGUGGGCUUCCACGAGGUCGAUGUGGCCGUCGUCGGCGCACGACAUCGCCUGAUCCAGUGCCUACUCCAACUCGGGCUGCUGCUGCUGGAUCUCGCUGUAGGCGCAGGCUAUCAAAUGCAUCUGGGGCUUCUUCUUCGUCUAUUGAACAAAAUAUGAACACACCAAGCUCAUCUAUGGCACAAAAUGUUUUUGUUCAGCUACCAGAGCCUUCUGUUUCUGUCACAAGCCCAACCCACCAUCAUCGACGUAGGUUUGAUAUUCCUAGCCUUCUGAAAAAAGAACACCUUCAGGAACAAUUUUUACACCUUUAUAUCUUGGAGGCCCUCAGCAUAAUUGUGUGCAUUGCCAUUCCUUCUUCUGGUACGAUGAGAGACAGAAAUACAUCAAACCCAUCCUAUAAUUUAUGUUGCAAAGGAGGUAGAAUCAAGCUUCCGCCUUAUGCCCCACCUCCACAGCCCCUUAUGGAUUUGUUGACUUCACAGACCAGUUCAACUUCAAGACACUUUUUUGAGCAUAUUCAGCAAUACAAUGCCAUGUUUGCUAUGACUUCAAUGGGGGCUAAGGUUAUUGAGUCUAUAAAUGAUGGACAUGGGCCAUAUGUUUUCAAGAUUAGCGGACAAGUUUGUCAUCGUAUCGGUACACUGCGUCCAUGUGACGGUCAUCCACCCGAAUAUUGCCAGCUUUAUAUAUAUGAUACGGAAAAUGAGAUCACCAACAGGAUAAACGUUGCUUCUUCUAGCCAGGGCUCUUUUCAUGCUAAUCAAGGGAUAGUUGCCUCUCUCAUAAGAAUGCUUGACAUAAAUAACCCUAUUGUCCAGCUUUUCAGAAGUGCCCGUGAAAGGUUAGAUGGAUAUACAUCCUCCGACCACUACCGUAUUAGGAUAUUUGGUGAUGUCGAUGCUCAUGGUGAUAUAUUUAGUGCUCCGGUUGCAUCCGAGGUUGUGGGGUUGAUUGUGAGUGACGUUGGAGCAACUGACAUUGGUAGUGACCUUAUAGUGGAAGAUCGUUCAGCAGGCCUUCAACAAAUAAAUGGGAAACACCGUAAAUUUAUGUCCAUGCAGUAUCCUCUCUUAUUUCCAUAUAGAGAAGAUGGUUAUCAUGAAUCAUUAGUAUAUCAGCAAACCCCUGGAUCUGAAAAUCUACGUCGCAAGAAAGCAACAAUGCUAGAGUACUAUUGUUAUAGGUUCCAUGAUAGGACUGAGGACUUCAACACUCCAUUGAAAGGCAAGCGAUUGACACAAAGUUAUGAAGUUGAUGCUUAUUGUUGUGUUGAGGGGGAUCGGAUAGGGCAUUACAGAAAACCAAGUUUCCAGCGAAAAUAUAGAUCAGCACCUUAUAACUCUUUGGCUAAUUCUGUAUCAAGUGGCGUUACUUCUGGGUCUUCAGCCGGGCAAUGGGUUAUUUUGCCCUCUUCUUUCACUGGAGGUCCUCGCUAUCUUUAUCAAAACUAUCAAGACUGUAUUGCUAUCUGUAGAAAAUAUGGCUGCCCAGAUUUAUUUAUCACAUUCACGUCAAACCCUGCUUGGCCGGAGAUUGCAGAAGCGUUGGCAUCUUUCCCUGGGCAACAACCUUCUGAUAGACCUGACAUUGUAGACCGGGUUUUCAAAAUGAAAUUGAAUCAUUUAAUGGAUGACAUAAAAAAAAAGAAAUUUUUUGGUCCCAUAAAUGCAGUUGUGUACACAAUCGAAUUUCAAAAACGUGGUCUCCCACAUGUUCAUAUUAUAUUAUGGUUGGCCAGCGAAGAACCUCUAGAUGCCGAGAAAAUUGAUUUGUACAUCUCUGCUCAGUUGCCAGGCCCAACAACUGAUCCAAUUGGAUAUGAAGCAAUUUCUUCUUUUAUGAUUCAUGGUCCAUGUGGCCCUCUGAAAUCCAACGCAUCUUGCAUGUCUGAGGGAAAAUGCUCAAAAAAUUUCCCUAACGAGUUUUGUGAAAAAACCAGUAUAGACAGCAAGGGUUUUGCUCAGUAUGCUCGGCCUAACAAUUGGAUGGUCGUAAAUAGAAAUGGAAUAAACAUUGACAACAGAUUUAUUGUUUCUCAUAAUGUGGAUUUGGUUGUUAAAUAUCAGGCUCAUAUAAAUGUAGAAAGGGUCAACCAUGAUGGUAUGCACAAGUAUCUUUUCAAAUAUGUCACAAAAGGGUUUGACUGUUCCAGAGUUGGAUUUUAUAGAAGCAUUGGCCAAAAUAUCAAUGAAAUCAAUAACUAUCUUGAGUGUCGUUAUGUCACCCCACAUGAGGUAGCAUGGCGCAUAUUUCAGUAUGAUAUUCAUCAUACUGACCCAUCAGUCGAGCGCCUUCCUGUCCAUCUGCCAUUAGAAAAUAAUGUGGUCUAUGUAGAAGAUGAUAACCUUGAAGAAGUAAUUUCAAAUCCAGAGAACCUGAAAACUAAACUCACUGCCUGGCUAGAGGCCAAUAGACGAUCCUCAGCUACUCAGCAGCACACUUAUAUUGAGUUUCCUGAGCACUGGACUUGGCAUUCCAACAAACAUACAAAAUAUUGGGAUGUGCGUAAAGGUUCCCAAAGAAAAAUUGGCCGUGUAGCUAAUGUCAGCCCUGCACAAGGAGAGCUUUUUUACCUUCGCAUGUUGCUCUAUGUUGUCAAGGGUUCAAAGUCCUUUUCUGAAAUCCGCACUAUAGGGAACCACGAAUGCCCAACCUACCGUGCAGCCUGCGAAUCUUUACGCCUUCUUGGGGAUGAUCAAGAAUGGUCCCGUGCUCUCACAGAUGCAGCGCAAUGGGCUACUGUUCCUCAGCUACUACAACUUUUUGUCACAAUGCUUCUAUUCUGUGAGGUUACAAAUCCAAAGAGGCUUUUCGAUGAACAUGUCUCAUCCAUGAGCGAAGACAGUACAUGUAAAAUAAAUUGGAACCCUCUGCUGAGAGCCAAUUCAUCUCCAUAAAUUGUUCUCUCUUUUCUCCUCUU